AUGCCUCCCGGCAUCAGCAAGCGCCAGCAGGCACGGAAUGAAAAGACGCUGGCGGAGCUGAUCCGCACCGUUCCUGGCAAUGAUCGAUGUGCCGAUUGCGAUACCUUGAACCCAGGAUGGGCUAGUUGGAACAUGGGCAUCUUCCUUUGCAUGCGUUGCGCCACAUUGCACCGAAAGCUGGGCACACAUAUUUCCAAGGUUAAAUCUUUAAGCAUGGACACUUGGACAUCAGAGCAAGUUGAUAGCAUGAAAUCCCACGGUAAUAUCCUUAUGAACAAAAUGAACAACCCGCGGGGUAUCAGGCCGCCAAUUCCCACCGACAUCGAUGAGGCCGAUGCAGCUAUGGAACGAUUUAUCCGAAAGAAGUAUCAACACCGCUCGUUGGAAAAUGGGAAGCCAAAGCCCCCGAGCAGAGAGGAUUCGAGUUACUCCGCCCCAAGGGCUCUGUCUCCCGUGGAGUCAAGAAGGAAUGACUAUAACAUAUCUCCCGAGGGUUCUCCUCCUCCACUUCCGCCUAAGACCGGAAGGUUUUUCAAGUUUGGUCUACGGUCGUCAUCAUCUGCCUCGAACCUCCGCCGAUUUGGCGGCAAGCCUAAGGUGACUUCGCCAACCUUCAACAGCCACGCCUCGGACAACGGAGCCUGGUCACCACCACCACCGCCGUCCAGGAAGAUGACAGGACUUGGUGCGCCUGUGGCCGAUGUGACAACGGCGUCUUUCGAGUCUAAGAUGGCAGCAUUGCAGGAGAUGGGAUUCACCAAUGACCGACGAAACGAGAUGGUUCUCAAGGGACUCCACGAGGAUCUGGAUCGAACAGUUGAAACACUGGUCAGGUUGGGCGAGGGAGCCAACCUUACACCAAGAUCCAGCACCCCGGCCGGGACAAGCACUGCUGCAUCCCCACGCGUAACAUUCGCGAAGCCUGAGACGACGUCCAAAAACCCAUUCCCCGUCAAAACCGAUAACACAUUCCCCGAGGUUUCCAACAACCCAUUUGACCGAGCAGUCUUAAAUGUACCCAAGUCGCAAACCCCGCAACCACAGACCGCUUCGUACAACCCAUUCGAUCAGCCGAAGUUGGCAUCUACACAGCCUUUAGAAUCAUCUUUCCAGGGCCUGCAGGUUUCCCAGCCCUUGUUUCCCCACUCUACCGGUGGAUACCCAAACCAGACAAGCUCCAUGCAGAACUCUGUAUAUCAACAGUCCUAUACGCCUCCGGUCACAUCGACAUUCUCACAGUCUCCCUAUGUUACCUCACCUCAGCCAAUGAACAACAGCUACAAUCCAUUCAACCAGGCACCGCCCCAGCCGCAGGGUAGCUUGGCUAGUCAGACAUAUCCCAACCCAAAUGCACCACAAAUGAACCCGUUCUUCAACACUGCGCCACAAAACCAAACCAUGCAGCCGCAACAGCAGCAGAUGGCUCCAUUUGCGCCGCCUCGCCAUGCAAAUACCAUGCCGGUCAUGUCUUCCGGCUCGCCAUUUGGACAAACUGCUUCUUCCCAAGUACAGCAGCAGCAGCAGCAGCAGCAGCAAUCAUCAAAUGGUAUUGGGGCUUACAACCCGUUCCAGCAAGGGCUGGCGCCGAACACAGCACAGAGCGGCGGCUACCCCGGCCAAUUCCAGUCCCACCUGCAACCUCAACAGGCGCAGCAACUCAUGCCUCAACGCACUGGGAUGGACAAAAACAGCAUUCUUUCAUUAUAUAAUAUGGGUCCUGCACAGUCUAAUAUGACACCCAUUUCCGAGCAACCUCAGCAACAACAACAAUAUCAACAACCCCAGCAAUCCCAGCCCCAGCCCCCCACAAUGAACCCCUACUCUCAACAACCAAAUCAAUUCACCUCCAUGCCUCAGACUCAGCAAUCCACAAACUUCCAACAUCAGCACCAGAGCCAGCCCCAGAGCCAACAAAAUUUCCAACCCCAGCAGCCUACUGCCAACGCCCAGUCCCCGACAUCCAAUAAUCCAUUCUUCAGCACCGCCCCCACAGGCAGCGGGUCUGGCCUUGCCGCACAAGCAGGCAUCAACCCAUAUCAGCAGCAAGCCUCAGGGGUAGGCAUUGGUGGCAUAAAUGGCCAACCCGGGUCUGGAACUGCCCCAGGAACUAUUCCAGCUAUGGGAACGAACAAGUCCCCAUUUUCUGGAAUGAGCAGUCCCCCCUUUGCAGGAGCGAACAGCUCUCCAUUUGCUGGAGGCCAGUCACCUUUUUCAGCCCCGCCGCCUACGACCUCGGCGUUCCAACGGACACACAUGAGCCAGCCGAGCGUUGAUGUGAGCGGGCUGCAGAAUGGUCGUCAUAGCCCCGAUGCCUUUGCUAGUCUGAGUGCUCGCUAUGGUUAA